CCGUGCGGGCUAUAAAGGAGCCCGGAGGAGCCCGUCCGCCUCAGCUCGCCCGGGCUCGCCUCCGGCUCCGCCUUCCCCUCGAUCCUCUCGGGCCUCGGCUACACGGGCUGCGGCGGAACAUGGCGGCUCCAGCACCGCGGGCCAAGUGCUCCGAAGCGGAGCUGGCUGCUGCCUUGGCGGACGUGCCUGAACUGUGCCACCUUUUGCAGAACGACCCGUAUCUGAAGCCCUAUGCCACGGAUUUCCAGCGCAGGUAUAAGAAGUUUAGCCACAUCUUGAGCGACAUUGGAGAGAAUGAAGGAGGUAUUGAUAAGUUUUCCAGAGGCUAUGAAUCAUUUGGCAUUCACAGAUGUGCUGAUGGUGGAAUAUACUGCAAAGAAUGGGCCCCAGGAGCAGAAGGAGUUUUUCUUACUGGAGAGUUUAGUGGCUGGAAUCCAUUUUCUUAUCCUUAUAAAAAACUGGAUUAUGGAAAAUGGGAGCUCUAUAUCCCACCAAAACAGAAUAAAUUUGUAAUGGUACCUCAUGGAUCCAAAUUAAAGGUAGUUAUUACUAGUAAAAGUGGAGAGAUCUUGUACCGUAUUUCACCGUGGGCGAAGUAUGUGGUUCGUGAAGGUGGUAAUGUGAAUUAUGAUUGGAUACAUUGGGAUCCAGAACACCCAUAUAAAUUUAAGCAUUCCAAACCAAAAAAGCCAAGAAGUCUGAGAAUUUAUGAAUCUCAUGUGGGAAUUUCUUCUCAUGAAGGAAAAAUAGCUUCUUAUAAACAUUUUACAUGCAAUGUAUUACCAAGAAUCAAAGACCUUGGAUACAACUGCAUUCAACUGAUGGCGAUCAUGGAGCAUGCUUACUAUGCCAGUUUUGGGUACCAAGUCACAAGCUUUUUUGCAGCUUCAAGUCGCUAUGGAACUCCUGAAGACCUAAAAGAACUUGUUGACACAGCUCAUUCAAUGGGUAUAAUAGUCUUCUUAGAUGUGGUUCAUAGUCAUGCUUCCAAAAAUGCAGAAGAUGGAUUGAAUAUGUUUGAUGGGACCGAUUCCUGUUAUUUCCAUUCUGGGCCUAGAGGGACUCAUGAGCUUUGGGACAGUAAAUUGUUUGACUACUCCAGCUGGGAAGUUUUAAGAUUCCUUCUGUCGAACAUAAGAUGGUGGUUGGAAGAAUAUUGUUUUGAUGGAUUUCGCUUUGAUGGUGUUACAUCCAUGCUGUAUCAUCACCAUGGAAUAGGUGAGGGUUUUUCAGGUGAUUAUAAUGAAUAUUUUGGACUACAAGUAGAUGAAGAUGCCCUGGUUUAUCUCAUGUUGGCAAAUCAUUUGAUUCAUACGUUGUAUCCAGAUUCCAUAACAAUAGCUGAGGAUGUAUCAGGAAUGCCAGCUCUUUGUUCUCCGAUUUCCCAGGGAGGAGGUGGUUUUGACUAUCGGUUAGCCAUGGCCAUUCCGGAUAAAUGGAUCCAGAUACUUAAAGAAUUGAAAGAUGAAGAUUGGAAUAUGGGCAAUAUAGUACAUACCCUCACAAAUCGACGCCAUCUUGAAAAGUGUAUUGCUUAUGCAGAGAGCCAUGAUCAGGCACUGGUUGGUGAUAAGACAUUGGCAUUCUGGCUGAUGGAUGCUGAAAUGUACACAAACAUGAGUGUUUUAGCUCCUUUUACUCCAGUUAUUGAUCGUGGAAUACAGCUUCAUAAGAUGAUUCGACUCAUUACUCAUGCACUUGGUGGAGAAGGCUAUCUCAAUUUCAUGGGUAAUGAAUUUGGGCAUCCCGAAUGGUUAGACUUCCCAAGAAAAGGGAACAACGAGAGUUACCAUUAUGCCAGAAGGCAGUUUCAUUUAGCUGAUGAUGACCUUCUUCGAUAUAAACACCUAAGUAACUUUGACAGGGAUAUGAAUAGAUUGGAAGAAAGAUGUGGUUGGCUAUCAGCUCCUCAGGCCUAUGUGAGUGAAAAACAUGAAGACAAUAAGAUCAUCACUUUUGAGAGAGCAAAUCUGCUUUUUAUUUUCAACUUUCAUCCAAGCAAGAGCUUCACUGAUUACAGAGUUGGAACAGCAUUGCCAGGAAAAUUCAAAAUUGUGCUAGACUCAGAUGCAGCAGCAUAUGGAGGACAUCAGAGACUGGACCACAAUACGGAUUUCUUUUCUAAUCCUUUUGAGCAUAAUGGCCGGCACUAUUCUCUUUUGGUGUACAUUCCAAACCGAGUGGCCCUCAUCCUUCAGAACGUGGAUCUGCCAAACUGAAGAGAUCUGAUUUCAGCUCCAUGCGUGCAGAUAUGUGUUUUCUUUGCUAUUUCUAUUGUUACAGAGUUUAUAAUGUGUAAGCUUUUCAAAAUACAGGUACCUAGGCAAACUGUCAGAUUGAAAUUCAAUAUUAUAUAUGCAACUAUCAAGCUGUUUUGUAAGAAGUAGAGCACUAUAUGUUUAAAAUUUGGGGAUCUGUAUUUUCAAGUCAUCUGAGCAGCUAGGAUUUCAACUAAAGUAUAAUGUAUGUCUUAAGAACAUUUUACUUUCCUGGGUAAUCAUAUAAUACUUUUAACUUCAAAUUUGAAUUAUGUGUCAUAUACAGUUAUUUCUGUUGAAUGUAUACAAUAUUUUUAAUGAUGGAUAGUUGAUGGUCUUAUUUGUAUCUAUUUGUCUAAAUUAUGGGAUACCAACUCUGUUUCUCUGGAUUUCAUUCAAAUUCUAUUUAGAAAUUCUAUAAUAAAUAUAUAGUAGAAAUAAUAUAAAAUUAAGAAUUGUAUCAAAGGUAAUGUAAAGCCUCUGUAUGAACUUAUGAACUUAUCUAUGCCACAUUUUGCAUUAAGUGUUUAUUUUAUGAUCUGUUCACCUACUUUUUAGUAAAUGGCAAUGUGUCAGGUUUCUGAAGACUUGGAGUGGUCAUUGUGGUGUAUCGGAAUAUGUCUUUUGCUUUUAAUCAAUUAAAAAUUUGAAGAAUUCC